UCAGCGAAUCUUUCCAGGUGACCAUGCCUCCAUGCGCCAAGUGAGCCGCAGCAUGGAGCAAUGGCGAGUUGCUGGACCUCAUCAGUGUUCGGGGGGAGGAAGCUGUACAGUCCCAGCUGCGCUCCAGACUUAGGAAUUACGAUACCUUCGGGAAGGUAUCAAAGGACAUGAUGGAAAGGGGCCAUGACUGGGACGCCCUCCAGUGCAGGAUUAAAGUGAAGGAGCUGCGGAGUGCCUACCGCAAAGCCUGCGACGCAAACGGCCGCUCGGGUGCUCCCCCCGCGACCUGCCGAUUCUACAAAGAGCUGGAUGUGAUACUUGGGGUUAACCCCAUCUCCACUCCGAGCACCACCAUGGACACUUCAGAGCCAGUGUGGGGGCGGGAGGAGGAAGAGGAGGAGGAGGAGAACGGGAGUGAUGGUGGUGGGCCGGAUGGAGACACCCCGGAAUCCCUGGAGCCAUACAGCCAGGAGCUCUUCUCGAGCCAAGAGGAAGGUAGCCAGUCGCAGCGGCCAGUACUUGGUGGAGGACAAACAGACGAGCAGGUUCCCGGUUUAUCGGGAGAGCCACCGUGGUCCUUGUCCCAGCCAGGCUAACGUGUCCGCGCCACUGUGCCGCAAGGGGCAGGGGGACCAUUGCUGCACACAGGCAAGCUGCAUAUGGGCCAGGGCGGAAGCCGCAUUGCAGUAGAAGACCUUCCCUUGCUUCCCAGGUCACCCUCAGCGGCGAGAUAUCGUCCAGGACGAACUCCUGUGGAAAAUGUUGGGACAGUGUUCAGUGUAGGUGCCCCCUGAAGCUAUUGGCUCUCCCCAAGGCACAGAAACCCAGAGGACAGUGCAGCCCUGAAACAAUCAGUCCCCCUUACUCAUCAUUUUGAGGCUCCCAUGGGAUAUGUGUGCUCUGUUUCAGACAGGAAAAUUAUGCUAUUGUGUAGACCCCGUGUGUUUUCCACUCCUUAAGUGCAGGGGAAAUCAUUACUCUGUCUGGUAUAAACAAUGCUGCCUCUGUUAAAUGUUGCAUUUUGCCUAUACUGCAUCAACCUUGAGACCUCAGCCGUCGCUCUUAUCGCCUACUCAGAGACUGCAAAGACUCAGGAAGAGACCACGAAAAAGCAAAGAAGACAUGCUGCAAGAAGUGAUGCGGCAAUCUAUUAAAGAGAAUGAGAAAGCACAGGACUGGAGGGAAAGAGAAAGCAGGAUCUGCCAGGAAAACGCAGUGCACCGGCGGCAAAGCACCGCGCACCAGCAGCAAAGCACUGAUAGGCUCAUAAGCAUCCUGGAGCGUCAAGCAGAUGCUAUCCAGGAGCUGGUAGCCACACAGAAGGAGCAGUACCGCAAACGCAAAUGCCACCCCUCCCUACAGCCCUUGUCCCAAAACUCUUUCCGUUGUGCCCCACUGUCACCUCCAACCCACUUUCCCCAACUUCUGUGUUCUUCACGCCACCCGCUGCCUCCAACACCAGUAUCUUCGCCACCCAGCCCUGAAAACCCUUACCCUCGGCACUCAACCCUCAUCACCAUGCAGUAUAGCUGUCCUGAAGUGCAGCACUCACUGCACAGCACACCAGACAGGACAUACGCAAAUCUGUGAUUGUACCGUUCCCCACUCCACCCCCUUGUUUCUUUUCAAUAAAUAAUUUUUUUUUCUUUUCAAUAAAUGGAUUCUUUGGCUUUGAAAACAUUCUUUAUUAUUGCAUAAAGUAAAAGACUCCUUAGCCCAGGAAAUAAACAGGCACUGCAAGUCUGCUUGUCUGCUAAGCAGACACUGAUUCCUAAAGAUUGGAACUACUGCACUUCACUCCCGUGCAGGGCACCAGAUAUCACUGCUGGUUUUCAGCCUCAAAUUGCUCCCUCAAGGCAUCCCUAAUCCUUGCAGCCCCGCGCUGGGCCCCUGUAAUAGCCCUGCUCUCUGGCUGUGCAAAUUCAGCCUCCAGGUGUUGAACCUCAGAGGUCCA